AUGUUGAGAAAAGGAAGUGCAUCAUCAGUUGUAAGAGCAAGGGAAUGGAAUGGUGAUAUCGCCUCUUCCGAAUCGAUGAACUCAACGACAUCACAUAGAAAAACAACGAAAACAACAUCCUCAAAUGCAAACGCAAUUUCAAAUUCAAAACAAAUUUCAUCACCAACACCUAGGAGUGGGAACCAAAAAAAGGUAUCUCAUCAAACACUUGAAAAUUUACUUGACCAUUCAAAAACGAAUACAGUGUUGUCUCAAGCAAAACUAAAAACUAAGGAGACUACCAACAAGGUGGACAAGCUUGCAUUAGAAACUGUAAUUUUAGAGGAAGAACUGAACAGAUUGAAAUCAAAUAUUAUGAAAGAAAAGGAAAAUUGGAAGAAUGUUCCAAAACAAGGUAUUUGGAAAAGUUCCCAAAAAAUACGAGACAACAUGUCAGGCCAUUCUCCAUUAAUGUCCACAAAAUCGAAUAGCUCCCAACGAGAUAGACGGCCGUCGUCGUCAAGCUCUAGUUAUACUGGAGAAGGGAAGGUCAUUAAAAUAAGGUCAUCUGUGACAAACUUUCAGGUCAUUGGUGAGCAAUCCUGCAACAAAGAUGCACCACAACCACUUAAAACAAAGCCCAUACCCGGAACAGUUUAUGAGGAAAUUUGCGAAUUGCCAGAAAAUGCAUCAAGAAAUAGUGAAAAUCAAUUACAAACAUACCCAAAACAAACAAAAUUGGCUGAAGGUCAAUACGAUGAAGCCCUGCAACAGAAAUUAUUUCAAGAAGCUGUCAGAUCUUGGCGAGAGGGUUCCCAAACACAAGCUGAGGAGAUGCCUAAUUCAACGACAGGAGGUGGCCUUCUGAGGCAAGGUGAUUACGACGAAGAACUUCAACAAAGAUUAUUCAGAGAUGCCGUUGCGGCUUGGAGAGGAGAAUCAAAACCUCAAGUCACAAAACCAGCAACAAGCAAUGCAGAGACAUCAUCUGACCCGUUCGUGGAAAAGAAAUCAAGCGGUCUAUCAAUGUUUCAGACUGAGUUUGUGGAAAACUUAUGUAAUGCAACAAGAUAUACCUACUUUGACAAGCAUUUUCGAAGUAAAUAA